GAGAAAGAGAGAGAGAGAGAGAGAGAGGCAUGAGGGAGGAGACUAACUAUGACUGAACUAUGAGUUGGCUGUGAGUGUGAGAGAGCAACAGUGACCGAGAGAGGGAGAGGAUGUUUGAUAAGCGGCUUGGGAAAUGACUGUUUAAGUUUGUGUGUUGAAUGCAGAGACAUUGUGGAGCCGGACAUGAGCAGUGACAGCAGCCCCAAGAAGCGCUAUGUAUCAACCCUCAGGAUGUACAUCGGACCCACCAACACUUCCCCUGGGCAGGGAAAAAACAUCUUGGCAACCAGUACCACUUCUGCUACUGCCACUAGGACUGGGAUAGACACAGCCUCUAGUACAGGGAACAGCUGCCCCACACCUACCCCCCUGAGAGGUCUGGAUCCACCCCUGUUCACAGAGCCAUUGGAGGACUGCUCGGCGGAUGAAGGAAGUGACAUCUCACUCCGAGGGGUUAUCACAGGAAGUCAGCCAAUCAGUGUGUCCUGGCUGCACAAUGACGAACAGACACACACACUGAAGCUGAGGACUAGUGUCAGUGGCCUGAGCUCUGAGAGAGUUUCCUGUUGCUGUAUAUGGGUGUUCCCGUGGGCAGGUGAGGCAGUGUUUUUUGGGGAGCCCCUCUUCGAUGGCAGUGAGACUAGGCUGGUGGUGAGGGAAUGCCUACCUGAGGACGCGGGUGCCUACACCUGUGUGGCAGAGAACCGAGCGGGCAAGACCUCCAGCAGCGCAGCUGUGUGUGUGAGAGACUUUGAGACUAUCUGCGGAGUCCUGAACGCAUCUUCACACACUUCCCCUGCCCUCAACAACAGCAUUAUGGAAAACAGAGGCUCAAAGUUACUAAUGUCACCCAACAAUGACAGUGUCUUCAGACAAUCCAGCUCCCCAAUAAGCUCUAACACCCCGAGCCCAGGAGGACCCCAAAAAGUCUCCACAGAAGUCACGCCAAAGAAGAGAGCCAGCUCGGGGACAGCCUCGCUGCAGUUUAAGGAUCCCCCAUCCCACAUUGAGGCACGGCUAGGAGAGACAGCCCGUCUGACGUGUGCGUUCAGUGGAUGUCCCCCUGUGGUGUCCUGCUGGAUACGAAAUAAAGAACCGGUUGUAGAUGGGUCUGAGUUGUGGGUAGAGAGCAGUGAUCAGAGCAGUACGUUGGUGAUCGCAGAGCCAGGACCUGAGCACUCAGGACGCUACACCAUUGUAGUACGAGACCGCAAGAGCUCGGCGCAGCACACCCUCGCUCUUUCUGUCAUAGAGCGGCCCCAGUCCCCAGCCUCCAGCCCUGUGGUGUCUCUCCUCUCGGUCUCGCCUCUCUGUUUGGUCCUGUCCUGGUCUGGGCCCUGCUACGACGGAGGCAGUGCUGUCCAGGGCUACGUGGUGGAGGUGAGGAGAAAAGGCCCCGCUGAGUCUGGGGGCUGGAGUGAGCUCACAGCCCAUUGCAAGAGUACUUCUUACAAGGUGCGCUCCGGGCUUGAGCCUCAGGGAGAGUACUGCUUCCGGGUGAGGGCCUACAACGUGGUGGGGGUGAGCGAGCCCAGUGAGGAGUCUCCGCUUAUCAAGAUGGAGCAGAGAGCUGAGCCACAAGAGGAGUCUCCUCGGACAUAUGAGGACGUCACCAUCGACUCCACCCACAAGGUCACUGAUCACUACAAUGUACUGGAGAAACUGGGAGUGGGGAAGUUUGGCCAGGUGUUCAAACUGACUCACAAGGAGACGGGCCGUGUGUGUGCAGGAAAGUUCUACAAGGGCCGGCGGGCCAAGGAGAGGGAGGCGGCCCGUAAAGAGAUAGAGCUGAUGAACUACCUGCACCACCCCAAACUGGUCCAGUGUCUGGGGGCCUAUGAUCUCAAGCCAGAGAUGGUCAUGGUCAUGGAGUUCAUUGCCGGAGGUGAGCUGUUUGAGCGUAUUGUGGACGACAGCUUUGUGCACACCGAGCCGGCCAGUGUGCACUACAUGCAGCAGAUCGUGGAGGGGAUGGGCUACAUGCACCAGCAGAACAUCAUCCACCUGGACCUGAAGCCUGAAAACAUAGUGUGUGUUGACCACACUGGCACGUGCAUCAAGAUCAUUGACUUUGGCCUGGCCAGCAAGCUGGACCCCUCCACUCCCCUGAAGGUGAUGCACGGGACACCAGAGUUUGUGGCUCCAGAGGUGAUUGGCUAUGAGCCUGUUAGCUUAGCUACUGACAUGUGGAGCAUUGGAGUCAUCUGCUACAUAUUACUGAGUGGCGAGUCUCCCUUCCAGGGUAACAGUGAGGCAGAGACCCUGGCCUUGGUGACUGGUGCUCAGUGGGAGUUUGACGAGGAGAGCUUCGAAGAGAUCACUGACCAGGCCAAAGACUUCAUCAGCUCCCUGCUCAACAAGGAACCAAGGCGCAGGAUAUCCUGUGAGGAGGCUCUGGUCCACUCCUGGAUAGCUGAGCCCAUCUCAGCAGACCCCAGCACCACCAAGUGUCUCUCCAAGGAGAAGAUGAAGAGGUACCUCGCCAAGCAGAAGUGGAAGAAAACAGGGAAAGCCCUGCUGGCGCUGAAGAGGAUGGCUCUCCUGUCUAAAGCCGAUGGGCCUGGCUCUCCCACCACCCCUGCAGAAGACAGCCCCCUGAGUCCUGAGGCAGAGCAGGCCCUGCAGUCUCUAGAGGUCAAACUCCAGGGGGUGCCCCAGUUCUCCCUGACCCCAACGGACCAGACUGCCUCCCAGGGCUCCACCGCCCGCCUCUCCUGUCACCUCACAGGGUAUCCUGACCCAGAGGUGGUGUGGUUGAGGGGGGAGGAGCCUCUGGAGGAGUCAUCCCGGGUGCAGAUAGAGUAUGAAGAGGACGGGUUCUGCACCCUGGUCCUGGCCCAAGUUGGGCCAGAGGACUCGGAUGUUUACACCUGUAGGGCCACCAACGACCAGGGGAAGGCACAGUGUUCAGCCAAACUCAUAGUACAGGAAUAGGUUUGUUCAGAACUGUGAAUACGUAUUGAAACACAAACGUGCAGAAAGUCAGACGCCCAUGAUUGUGAAAUGUCUUUGAAACAUUCCAGAAAAUGUUGUGUAGCGCUUGAACCACUAAACUCUGUACGUUACGGCUCUUGUGAAACAACUCUUUGAUUUCUGAUUGAAAACCUCUAAGUCCUACUAGUUAUUUUGGACAUGCGUACGGGUUGGAAAAUAAUUCUCCUGUGAAUUAAGACUGUCAAUAGAGUGUCUUAAUAGUAAAAGGAAUCUUUUUGAACCAAGUAUGGUUGUUAAACAUUUGAUAGAUGUAACUUUAAUGUGCAUGUAUUGUAACCGCUAUGAAUUUGGAAUUAUUUUUUCUUUUUCUCAGUGACCUGUUACUGUACAAACAUUUUAUAGUUGCC